AUGGAUUCUGAAUCUUCUCCGAAUUCCAACAAUCAAUAUCCAUUGCCUCCGACACUUUCUAAUGAGACUCAAGGAAUCCUCGAUGCUCUAGGCUCUCAAAGCUCACUCAUAAACACAGAUCAUUUGAGUUCAGAAAAUGAUUUGCCAGAAUUGAACAUGGAGAUGUUGUCAAAUGUGAAUUCGUCUUUAUUGGAAGCUUUUCCAAAUUUAAGAUCAAGUAUUGGUGAUAAUGUCGAUUCUGGACUUGGCAACUUGAUCAUCCCAUCCAGUGCUUAUAUGCAGAAUCUUGAGAAUACCAAUAUGGGGAAUUUCAUGAGUACCCCAUCGGCGCCUAUGCCAUACUUGAGCAACAAUGCCAUGAACCUUUUUUUGGUUGAUGAUAAUUUGUAUCAGUUGUAUCAAGGCAUUCAAAGGGAGAGGCUACAGCAACAGUUGGAUAGUGUUGCAUCUUAUACAGGCUUAAACGAAUCAGCAUUGCAAAAUCUCCAUGGUUCAUUUCCUAUUCAACUAAAACCAGAGGCUCUUAAUCCGAUUCUGAUGAGAUCGACCUUAAAUGUCAACCAAGAGAAUAAUACCGAACAGCAAAACCAGAUGAUUCAAGAAGCAGUGUUCAAUGACUAUAACCCACAACUAAUGGGAAUGCUUGAGCAGCUUAGAGUGCCAACUCAGUUACAGCCACCAGUGAUGAAUUCUGCUCCACAGGCCUGGAGGUCUCAACCACUGGUCGGAAACCAGCUUCCGAAAAUGCAGAUGACAAGCAUUUUUCAGGACCAGAGUGAUCAACAAGGAACAUUGUCACCAUUGCUCGAUGGCGACAUUUGUUCCCAGAAGUUCAUGAAGUAUCUACUCUGUUUCCGAAACCACAUACGGGAAAACAACAUUAGUUCUUGGAGGAAAUUUGUUACUGAGUUUUAUGCACCAGGUGCCAAGAAGAGGUGGUGUUUCUCUAAUUAUAAAAAUGCCGAGCAUGAAGUUAACGGUGUUUUAUGCCCAAAACCAACGGAAAAGUGGUCUUGUGACUUGUGUGGUGCGAAAUCAGGAAAGGGACUGGAGGUAACUGCCAAUGCAUUCCCCAGGGUGUUCAAGGCAAAGUUUGAGUUAGGUGUGCGUGAUGAGAUUUUGUUUUUAGAUUUGCCUCGACCACUGAAAGUCUCAUCUGGAUUAAUGCUGGAAUAUGGGAGGGUCAUUCAAGAGAGUGUGUACGACGGGCUACGUGUUGUUCAUGAGGGUAAACUUCGUGUGGGUUUCAGAAAUGACUUGAAGAUAGUGUCCUGGGAGUUUUGUGCAAAACACCAUGAGUUAUAUAUACAUCGAGAAGUUGUUGCUCCUCAGGUUAAACAGAUUGUUAAAUCUGCCAACAAGUGUCUACAAGACAUUCCAAAUGGCUUGCCUUAUAGAAUGUCGACAAGAGAAACACAGGAAAAUUAUAGAAUGCUUGACUCAGCAACAAAAGAACUCGCACAAAGUAUAGAAUUUCCAUUGGUGAAUGCCUUGGGAUACCCCAGGCAAUUCAUUAGGUGUCUGCAGAUGGCUGAAGUGGUUAACAGCAUGACAGAUAUCAUCACAUUAACCCGUGAUACCCAAAUGGGACCAAUCGAGUGCUUGAAGUACACAUCUCAGCUCAAUACAAAACGAGCGAUGGAAGUAUACAUGGGCUGCUCCAAGAAUCCACCAGCAUUUUCAGAAAAGGUUGCUCCUAGACACAAUCCAAGUGGCUACAGGACAAAGCCUGGUGGUUCAGGAACCUUGGAAUCGGCUUUAGCCAACCUGAAACGACGGCCACUUGGUGAACGCUAUGACAUCUCUUCCUUGAAAAGAAAGCGACCAGACCAGUCAUGUUUCAUGGAUCCGUCCAGCCAGGCUGAGGCUGCAAGUUUGAGACAAUCUAUCAACCCCCUUGGACAGAGUUUGCCAUCUCCAUAUAGCUUUCCUAGAUCACAACCUACAAACUUCAGCAAAGCUCUGCCAAAUCAAUCCUUAUUCGACAAGUUGCUUUUUGAGAUGAACCUUGCGAAUAUGGAGAAGAACCAAAGGCUGCAAUGUGGUGAAAGUUCUAAAACUACUCCUGUAGAGGCAAACUCAGCGGACACAUCAAAAGCUGUUGCUAACAUUCCUAGGGCUGAGAAUCGAAGCUUAGCUAUCAAAGAAGAGUUGCCACCCUCUCCAUUGCCGGGAGUUCAGGAACAUUCAGCAACAAGGUCGGGUAAAGGGGAGGCCUUCAAGGAGUGA